GAGAACUCGAAAACCACAUAUGAAACUAGUCUUUUCCUUUGACCAGUUCAUUCCCACUUUGCUUCUUUGAUUACACCCAAUACCCGCCGUAGCUGGGACAGCUGCACUUUGAAUAUACAGACUGCGCUUGGACCUAGAGAGGAACAAGUUGCAACAAAUUUUCCUUACUCAUCCGAAGCUAAGGACAACUUACGGAAAGAAGUGGUGGACAACUGCAGGGGUGGAUUGCAUCAUCACCGAGAACGGACAUAAGCCUCGUAUACGACUUUCUAUAAUAUUCAUGUCCUCUGUUUCUGUCGUUUCCCUGUUCUUCCCGGUUUUAUCAUCAUUCUCUCAAUAAUCAUAAUUAACACACUGUCCUCCCAACGCCAGGUCACUUACACCAGUUCACAGACCGAAGUCACACCUAUCAAGUCACAACCUCCAACUCCAAGUGUCAGCAACAAGUCACUCGAUCUUCGCUACUGUCAUCUUCAAGACAAAACAAACAAUAACCUAAACCCAACAACCAAAACCAGGCAAGAACAAACCCUAAAACCACAGCAACUACAUCCGCCCAGUUCCAAACAUGACCUCUACCACCUCCUCCUCCCGACGCAGCUCAUCCUCCUCCAACUUCAGCACCAUCACCACCAGCAGCAGAAGUGGUUCACAUUUCUCUCACUGCUCACACCCACACCAUUCUUCGACGUCAUCGCCAUACUCGAGCACCGCCUCCAGCUUCGCAGGUAUAGGCCCUACCAUCACCAUCAAUACCACCUCCAGCGCGGCCAGCAGCCGCUCUUCCUCCUCCCCAUCGUCACCUUCAUCAGCAUCGGCUUCCUAUACAGCUGGAGAGGCCGCGAGGGAUGCACAGAUGGGAGCAUCUAUCUUGGCUUGGCCGGCUGAUGAGGAGUGGAUUGCUCCAAAAAUCUGAGAGCGUAUGUGGGAGGUAGAAUUGGUUGGCCAGAGGGGGAUAUCGUACAUGUCGGAGACAGGGCGUUUUGGUCAUUUUUAGGACGACGGUGCUCGUGGAAAGUUAAACGGACAUAGGAACGGAAGUGGGGAGGGGAUUACACAGUUAUAGGGGAAAUGUGACAUAACGGAGCUUACUUGGGAAUGGCAAAUAUUGAUUAUGUGCUUGACAGUGCCUGCUAGACAGGUUACCAGUCACCAUUAUCACGACUUUCGACAGAGGAUGCUUUGGUAUCAGCUCAACAGAUGGUCAUAAGCAUACUUAGUUGCAUGUAAUGGAGCUUGUCAAGCCAAUAACACCAAGUGGUUAAUUCAUUUCAUGUAGCAAGAGCUUCGCAAACCUUCCCAGAGCGGAUAGAGUUGAACUGGUUCUGAUGGCUCUCGUGACAGGUAG